AUGGCGGGCAUGGCGGGCAUGGGCUCAUGGACGAUUGGUAGCCUAUCGGCCUCCUUUGAUGUGACCGCCUCGGUGAUCAGCGGCUGGCCACGGACAGCGCCAGAGGUGCGCCCUGAUGACAGUGCCAGUGGUGUGGGCUCACAGGCCUCAUGGAGUGUGGUUCCACCUGAUGCUCCAGAGACUCCUGUCCAGCUUGCUCAGGCACCUGAAGCACCCCCUGGGAUCGACAAGACGGUUUGGGACGAGGACUCCGACGAUGACGUUCCCCCAGCCAACUGGUCGGCGUAUGCAGCAGCAGAAGGCUCUAAUGCAGGCUGGGCUCCAGCCACGGAGGCUGCAAAGCACUUGCUCGGCAACAAGGAGAAGCAGACGGCCAAGCUUGCUCAGCAAAAAGCGAGGGCAAAGGCUCGAGGCCACAAGGCCGUUCGUUGGGGCCAGAUGCCAGUGGCGGGAGCGUUCAACCCGCAGAACUACCAGCUCCCACCUUUCAUCAAGCAGCUGGGCUCUGGGAAUGAAGAACGGUCGGUGUUGAUUUUGGAUGCAAGAGAUCAACGCAUCCAGAGUCCCUAUCAAGGGUGGCUCUUGGACGAGAUCCUGCUCAACGCACAGUCGGGCAUCAACAUCCUGUCAGAUCGUCAAUUGGUUCGUUCUCCUGCCACAGGAUACCACAUGAACCUCUUUUACGUCAGGGCGAUCAAUGGGUACAAGCUGAUUGUGGUCGGGUCUAUGACAUCUUAUGGAUCAGUGCCAUGCGCCCGGUGGGACUCUUUGACAGGGUCAGUGCUCUCGCACCCGGCGUUCCAGCCAUUUCGGUGGCCCAUCAUGCGUGAUGAUUCAUCAACUUGGGUGGACGUCAAGGUGAAGAUCGAGGGCUACCUGCUCUUGCACUUGGAGCUCCGUGGAUAUCGUUCAGAUCAGGACAUGUCCGUGCAGCUCAACUACAUCAACGAGGGUCUGGUGAUGACGAUCAAGGAGGUGCUCUUUGUGCCGUCAGUCGCUGUGACGAUCUUCCAAGGGUGGAGGGUUGUGGCAACCUCGUUCGAGGUAGGUGGGCGGCUCUACGUGUGCAGCGAAGGCGGAGUUGUGGUGGCGCUGGAUCAUCCCUUGUGCCACUUUGAGGUCAGGAUGACAGCCCUGUCCUCAGCUGACUCGAUCGGCAUGGAUGCUGAUCGCUUGGAGUUCCGCUUUCGCACCUCAGGGGACAAGAUUGAUGUGGCUUGCUCGCAGGUGAUGGUGCCCUCAACGUGGCUUGUUCUGUCACGAGUUUCGGGGCCAACGCUCAUCCAGAAUGCGCGCUGGUGCCGCGAUCGACAGGCACGAGUGGAGGGUCCUGACCAGACGAUGCAGAUGAGCCAGCUGGCUGGCAUCCAUGCUCACUGGACGGCAGCCACAGAGGCGUUCACGCUCGAGGAGACGGGCCCCAGGGUCGGAGCAGUGGCUGUCGACACCCAUGUCGACAAUUUUCAUUUGACUUGUGAAUCGCCAUUGUUCAAGUCUGAGAUGGUGAUCGUCCCCAAGGAAGCCUUGGCGCUCCAGUACCACGACCGUGGCGAUGAGCAAGCGAUGAUCGUGGUGCCGCCAGUCGCAGGUGGUCCUGCAGCUAUUCCUGUGGAAAAUGCUUUGGGCUCUCUGAAGGCAUUGACGGGUUCGGCUGGGGCCCCAGCCCAGGGUGAUGCGAUUGUGGCGGCAGAGAGCUCAGCCAGUGAGAGUGGUCUGACGCCAUCAGCUCCAGCUACGGGUGCUCGAACCUUGCAGGUGCAGCGCCGGUCAUUGGAGGCGAGGCAGAGAGAGAAUGUGGCAGUGGCAGCUCUGCCACCCCAGGCAUUUGUCGCCCAAGUUGAUCAAGUGCUGCAAGGGUUGGGAGCUCAAGGAUCUACCACUUCAGUGCCUCGUUCGUUUGGCCCUCCUCCAGUGAUUGAAGAAGCGGAGGUAUGUACCUCAGUCGGUGUUACGGAUUCUCAGAUCGGGGGUGAGGCAGAGCGACAGACUCUUAACACUGAGUCAGUCAUUUGCUUCGGCCUGAUCAGGCCAAUAGGUUGGGCACCCAGUGGGUUGUGGGUCCCUAGAUCGGGAGUGAAGCAGAGCGACAGACCUAUUUUGCGGGUCAGUCAUUUGCUUCUGCCUGUUCAGAAUGUGUUGGGUGAGUGCGUAGGUUUGAAGGCGGUGCAAGCUUCACCGUUCGGCAACUUAGCGUUUGUGUCUGCCAUGGAAGUGCACACGGCACAGGAGUUUGCAAUGAAGGUCAGUGAGUGGGCACCACAGCUCGAUGAGUCAGUUCGUGAUGACCUGCUGCGCUCAUCCUUCAUGCUCGAACAGUUUUGGUUGUUGGCUGGUUCUGUGGAGAAAGCUUUCUUUGAAUCAACUGCACUGCAACUGGGGUUUGGGCUCUGUGAGAUGUCUGCUCCCCCUAUUAGCUCUGAGACAGCUAGGGCUCGAAGGGUGGGUGCCAUUAAGGCACUGACAGACAGAUCUAGGCCCCCCAGAAAGAUCCUGAAAGCUACCCCUGAUGAGCAGUCCAACACCCCGCUGCUCGACCAGGAAAAUGCAGCAAGAUGGAAGUGGGCUGCUCGCCUGGAGGAGAUCGGCAAAGCGGCUGGGGCCUACUCUAAGCUGCUCAUGGAGACAGCGAAUGAGAGUGGCCUUUCCCCUGCUGAAGUGGCUCGGCUGCGGCAACUAGUGCUCUCCUCAGGCGCUCCUAGAACCAUGGCUGCGCAUAUUUCAAACUGGGAAAGGUUUGCUGAAUGGGCUAGGUCGAAAGACAUUGCUAUUUUUCCUUUAGAUAGCUCUAAGUUAGUUCGGUAUGCCCUUCAUUUGGACAAUUUAGAGUGUGGGCCGUCAGUUGUUCCGACCUUUAGAACGUCGGUUAAGUGGAUCACGGCCAAGCUGGCGAUCGAUUGUCCAGACGUGGAUCAUCCUGGCUUGCUAGCAAUCCAAGCCGAUAUCAUCAACAAGCGCGCUCGCACUCUGAAGGAAGCAGUUCCAAUCCCUACACAAGUGGUCAGAUGUUUUGAGCUCCUGGUUGUGGACACCAAUGAGCCAGAUCCCACUAGAUUGUUUGUGUGGUGGUGGCUCUGUAUGGUGUUCGCUUCCUUGCGUUUUGACGACGCGAUCCAUGUCAAGCCCAACGAGCUCGUCUUGAAUGAAGAGGGGAUGUUUGGCGUGGCAUGGCAAACUAAGGUCGAACGCAAACGUAGAGGCACCAAGUUCGUUGUGCCGCAUGUGAGCUUUUCAGGUGUUGAUUGGCUUCGGGCAGGCUGGCAGUUGCUCAUGCAGGAGGACCUUGAGCGGGACUUCUGGAUCAGGAACCUGAACACGAGGGAACAGUUCCAGGCAGCCCCAGCCAACUACCAGCGCUCGGUUCAGUGGCUCAAGUUCCUUGGGCGCUAUGCGGUCGAGCACUACCACGAAGGGGCCCAUGAGGAGUUCAAAGAGCUUGGUGCAGUGGUCAACAAACUGACAGCUCACUCAGCCAGGGUCACCAUGUUGGAUGCAGCUGUUCAUGCAGGCCGGAGUUCUGAAGAGAUUGGUCUUCAGGCGAAUUGGAAGAACCCGGGGCCGCUUGUUCUGAAGUACACCCGCAACAGGUCGGCCAUUCCGGCCAAGAUGGUCCAACAGCUCGUACAGGACAUGCUAGUGCACCAGCACCCCCAAGUUAGCUCAGAGGAGGUGGAGUUGGAUUCGUAUGAUCCCGCAGCUUUGGACCAGAUCCAGUUCUUCACAAAGUCCGAUGGGCCAUCGUCCUCCUAUGACUAUCGGUUCCAUUGCACUGCUCGUGAAGAUAGCACGGUCAUUGCAUGCGGCCGCAUCGACCUGGAGGCGUGCACCAAUGUGGGCUCUUACCUCCCGGACCGUUCGGUGCUCUGCAAGCAUUGCGCUCGGGCAAGGCCGGAAGUGUUGGAGGCCUACGAGCUGAAGCUCUCCGCUGCCAUCGCAAUGGUCGAUCGCACUGAAUACAACGAUACGCAUGUGCCAGACCUGGCAGUUCGCCAAGUGUUCGGGCGCCAGCGAGUCAAAUCAGAGCUGUGCAAAUUGGCCGCCGAUGCGGGGUUGCUCACAGUCGAGACCUUCGCCAUGCUCGGCGAUGACAUCGCAGCCGUCAAGGCUACUUUGAAGGCUAUGAUCCCAGACGCAGCCUCGCUCGGCACUGACGUUCCAGAACAAGAGCUCGCGCUGACCUCUCUGGCGGCGGUCUGGAAGACAUGCAGCACUAUGCAAGAUCAUUUCGCUACUCGGCGAGCCAAGAUGGAAGAAGAUCCAUCAAAGGUUCCAGAGAUUCCCGGAGAAGAUCAUGCAGAAUUUCGUGAAGUUUUUGUCUCUCGACACCCUGACGUGCUCCUCCCUAUGCAUCGGGAGCCACAUCGCAAGUUUGUUGAGAGAGUUCAGCGCGACUUCCUUGUGCACGGCUUCGUCCACUUCUACGAAGUCGGAGAGAUCAGGACGCGGAAUGAGCAGAUCGCACAGAAGACAGGGCUGACGAAGAACGCAGAAGAUCUGCUCCGUGUCAUCAUGGUCGAUCAACCCUCUGCUGCAAGCUCAGAGUCUCAGGUCAUGGACAAGUUGCACGCAUUCUUCAUCACGCUCGAGUACCUCAACAUUUGUGAGUUCUCGGUCAAGGCAGGCCCCUUGAAGUACCUGUCUGAGCUCGAAGAAUGGCGCCAAGAGAACCGGGGCCUGGCGCUCCUGCUCACCGUGGAUACUCUGAUCCGCAAGAAGGUGCACCGUGUCAGUUCAGAUCAGCGCAAGCAGUUCAGCACUUUCUCCAAGGCGUUGCUCGAAGUGCUCACCAACCAUAAGCAGUUAUGGAACGAUGCUCGUUCAACCAAUCACGCCCAAGAAGCGCUCACGGUCAAGCUCAGCAGAUGCUCCACCCCGAAGUCCAAGAAGAACAAAGCUCGGCGGGAGCGCCAGAAGGCCCAGCUCAAGAAGGCAAAGGAGGUGCUCAACAAUUCUCCCGUCAAAGGGAGCAAGCCAGGUGCCGCUCGCACCACCAAAGAUGAGCGGGUACCCUCGAAGGAGUGGGCGUCAAUCACCGCCUUCAAGUACUCAGGCGCUCGCCGCUGUCCUUUCUUCAAUUGCUUACUGGGCUGCCGAUUCGGUGAUCAAUGCAAGCUCAAGCACGCUUGCGUGGCUCCCUCGCCACCACCUGGGGAUUGGAUCGGCGAGGCCAGUGGCACGAAUGAUGCUCAUGCGUCCCAGGAGGCUGGGCAGACAGUGCCUCCACUGAAGCAAAUGGCUAUCCCACAGUGGGAUGAGGUUGAGGCUGACCUUCAGGCCUUGAAGGCCCAAGCCCCCUAUUUCUUGGAGCUCUUUGCCGGGGAAGCAGGCAUCACGGAGGAUAUCCUGGAUCUGCAGUUCUGGAAGUUGGUGUUGGACAUCCUGGCCAUGGGCAUCGUGCUCUUCCUGCACUGUGGCACACCGUGCAACACGUUCACGGCAGCUCGCAAGCUCGAUGGCGGGCCACCGCCACUUCGAUCGGCAGUUCGAGUGGCCACACCUUUUGUACAACAUCCCAUGGAUCUUCGACAAGUGCCUUCAUUGUCAACGCAGCAGCUAGUGGCUUUCGCCCUCGCAAUUUUGUGCGAGCUGGCCAAACGUGCGGGCAUUCCCCUCACGGUGUCAGCAGACAUCGGGGUCCUCGACAAGGGUGCUGUUUUCUAUGUCCUGUGCGUGGUUGCAACAAUCUGUGCUGCAAAACCUCACCUCACCAGCAGCAUGUAUGCUCAUAUCACAGCUGGUACUAAUCCAACAUUGGCCCCGAUCACUGAGAAAGAUUGGGCAGCACUUCAGACUGCUACUCAUAUCCAUCUCUUUUUGGACUAUGCGGUUUUUGUGCUGGACUGGUGCUGGGGCAUUCCAACAGUUUCGACAGCGACUCCGAGUGAGCACACAGUGGAAAAAGGGGAGAAAGGUAGCUAUUCAGCUCUUUUUGAGCACAUCCGAUUUUGUGAACGAUCUAUGAAGAGGUCUGCAUUGAAAUAUUCUUGGCAGCUUGGCUUCAUGGCAGAUCGGGACCAGUCAACACAUCCGAAAGGACUACUGGGUAUGGCUCCAACUUUGCCUGCUGCUGUUCUCUGUUCAGACGUUGCAGAAGCAGCUCAUGAAGAGCUGGCGAGUGGAUUUGGCGACCAUUGCAGGAGUUUCUACUGCAAGUUGCCUGAAGUGGAAUGGGAUGUCCAUCCUGACUCGCAAUACGGUGUUCCCAUGGUCGAGUGGCAUAAAAUUGUGUUGGCUGAUCCGAUUUCGUUUCAUGUUUGUGGUAUGCAUUUUCAAUCGUUAAAAACGGUGCUUCAACGAGGCAAGCUUCAGGAUGACCUCAGAAAUGUGUUCUCAUGCAAGAGCACUUCAACACUUCAUGGCAAGACUGGACCUAUGAUGCGAUUUUUGCGUCUUUGUGCAGGUAAGCAACCGAGAGUUUUUCUUAUCACAGAAGAGGUCGUGUAUGCCUUCAUGCAACAUGUGGAACGGUCUGCAGGGCCGACCUUGUUGAGGAGUUAUCUUAGCUCCUUGGGGUUUGCGUUGCACGUGGUCGGUUUCGUAGGUGCCAAACGAGGUUUGCACUCACGGUGCUUCAGAUACUUGGCCGACAAGUGUUUCCUGCAGAAGAAGAAGACGACAUCCAGGUUGCCACAGACUGUGCAAGAGCUGACAACUCCGGAAGAAACUGUUCUUGGCCACCAAGCUCGUGGUCUUCCAGACAGGAGACUUAUGGGGUACCAUGUUGCUGAUAAGAUGUCGACGAUGCUCAUUUAUGGCAAGGACAACACCAGUGCAGGACUUCGUGAAAUCGAUGUGAUUCUUGAUGCAAUCAGGCAGGGUGAAUUUUUGCCCGACGCAAAGCGAGCUGAGAUGUUUCCUUAUGCUGAUAAUGCUGCAAAGCGUUUGGAGGACCAAGACCAAAGCGGUUUUGAUGGUUACUGUUCUGGAAGCUCCUCAGAGGACUCUGCAGAUGAGGACCAACCUGACCACCUGGCUCAUGAAACAGCUGAGAAUGUGGUCCUUGGCAAGUGGGAUGCAGGUGUGGACAUCGACAAGCUGCCCAACCAAGAAGUUUACUUCAGGCACCCUUUGGCGAGGACAAUUCGCGUCCAAGAGGACGAAUCGGGUAUCGGGUUCACUUGUGGUAGGGACAUCUCAAAGAGCUACAUUCCACUUGAGUCUGGACCUCAGGCUGCAUCAGCAGGAUUGAGCGAGGAGAUUCGCACCAGUUUGGAUGGCGCUGGGCUCAAUACACUUUCAAAGUUUGCAUUUGCAAGUUCAUAUGUGCCUGGUGCUGGCGAUGAUGCAGAGUUUGUGAAGACCGUAAAAACGGUACUUGGCAGGGACCCUACAUUGGGAGAAUUGGCAUCCUUUCGAAAGCUUUUGCAUGAGUCCUAUUCACUUGUGACACAAGAAAUGAAACAGCAAUUGGAAAGGAGUGAGGAUGUCCAGACACGUAAGUUGACACAGCCAGAGCGCGCGGACCUUUACGAAAGACAGGUCAAGCGCAUCACAGGUCUCACAUUGCGUGGGCCUUUGGAACCAAGUGAUGGCCUUGUUGAUUUGUUUUGUGCGAUGUACGAAGCAAACAGGCUUCGAUUUGUACCUUGGGAAAAAUAUACAGCAAAAGAAGCAGAGAUCGACAAGGAAGUUCGCACAGAGCAUUUGUUUGCUGUGGACUCAAAUGGCAAGCUUAAGGUUGAAGGGAAAAAGCCUGACCCUGUAGCAGACACCUCAACCGAGAUUUUGCUUCAGUACGCACUCCAGCGUAGGGGCUUGAGCAUGGAUCAGGCCAAUUUGUUGGAGUUCAGGACCCACCAAUUAUGGGUCGACCGCGUGCUCAAAGUGAGACUGGAAGUGCCUCCUGCAGGUUAUGCAAGGACUUCCUUCCGUCAGGUUUUUGAAGCUGACAAAAAGCUCUUUGAGGAGCUUGCCAAUGCCACGAGGCACGGGGUGCAGGCCACAGUCAAUGGUAGGCCUCUUGACCGUGUUUUUGAAGAUUGCAUGAACAAACCUGAAGUUGUUCAUUUGCUUCAGCCUUUGAUGGGUAAGAGCAUGGAUUACAAGAGCGAGGAGAAGCCUGCUCCGAACAGGCCCAGUCCAUAUAGUAGGUCACAAAACCCUGGAAAGAGCAAAGGCAAAGGCAAGACACAAGGAAAGAGCAAAGGAUCUCCUAAGAUGCCUUUGGUGCUUCUUAAUGGAGACCACGAAUAUCUGCCGUGGUCACAUACGAACGAAAAUGGACAUAUUAUAUUUGACACUAACAAAGAAGCUGCGUAUCCUAAACUCUUCAGUGAGCGGUUUGCAAAUGUGUUGGCAGACAUGGCUGGUGUCGCUGACUCUCAGACCACGGACGGUUUGUAUGACAAGACUGCUUUGAUGGAUGCAAGAGCAAACAUCUUGCCCUUCUUGAGAAGCUGGCGACUGACUAUGACUGGCUUUGACCUCGAUGCUUGGGUUCGAGUGUUCUCUGGGCAAAGAGUUUCCUUUGCGGAGACAGCAGAAAUGCUUGGAGUCAUGCUCGACCUGCAGCAUGCCAGUGCUGGUACGAUCAAGGUUGCAAACAAGCCGAACAGAAUGGACGGGCUUGAGCCCACCCUGAGAGCCAUGGAACGUAGUAAGUCUCAAUGGGUUGAACUCUCGGCAGCACAGAUGGAUGCUCUUAAGAAUUUGCUUACGGGGUACCAUAAAGCUCUGAGAGCCAUGGAACGUAGUGAGUCUCGAUGUGUUGAACUCUCGGCAGCACAGGUGGAUGCUCUUGAGAAUUUGCUUACGAGGUACCUUAAAGCUGUGCCGAGGUCUUUGAAGAUUGAAAGUGUUUCCAUGCCGCUUGUCUUGUUUACAGAUGGUGCCUGUGAACCUGUAGGCGAUGACAUAGCAUGCACGGUGGGUGGAAUCUUGUUUGACCCAAGAGAUGGAGGCGGGUUGAAGUUUUUUUUGGGGCGCAUGUCAGUUCCGAAGGUGUAG